AUGGAGGCAAAGGCGAACGAGUUCCACCGAUUCCACCGUAAACUGCGUAGUGAAGAGGAUGAUAAAUGGGAUUGCAGCGUAUGCACGUAUAUUAACCCCAAGGAAUCAUAUAAAUGCGAAAUCUGCCACACAAGAAAAGGCACGUCAACAAGGAAACCACGAUUAAAUACUCAAGUAGUCGAGCAACAACAGUUAAUAGCACAAACUAUCCUAAAGGAAAAAGAUGAUGAGCACAAAAAGAAGAGAGAAUCUAGAUGCAAGCAGGCUGUAUCGAGUAAUUUUCGCCUAAAACACUUCGAUCGAUCUUCACCCUUACUUUUUGAGAUCUUUGCAAAUGGCUACAGUGUUAUUAUCACUGAGUUUCAGCCUAAGUCAUCGAAGUCAAACAUUCGCAGCUUCUCUGAAAGUCCUGCACUUUCCAACUGCUCAUCACAUCAAGGUUUUGGAGUUAACCCCAGUACUCUAGCUGAUGAUAUAUCAUCAACAGACUCACUAACCAAUGUGCCUAUCAAAUAUCCAUCAAAGUCGGGUUUUGGUACAACAAGAUCUGGCCUAUCAUCAGCUGAAGAACCUUUGCGUCCUUGUCGAUCUUACUCAUCUGCAUCAAGUUCAGUUGGGGGUAACACACUAAGUCGGGCAAGUUCGCCUCCUAAUUCAAUCGGUCCGUGUUUGUCUGAUGUUAAAAGAGAACAGGCUGCUCUUGAAGCUGAACAGGCCGCUCAUGAUGGUGAUGAUGAAUGUGAAGAAGAGGAGAAUGCUGUUGAAGUCGUUUUGUCGAAUGAAUCAAAGCAAGAUUCACCUUCUGGUAGUGAACUGUCUAAACGUUCAAUUUUACGGAGUGUAUCUUUGAAUUCAUCCUGUCCGUCUCAAAGUCGUCGAGGUAAUCGAGAUUCAAAAAGGUCAUCAAAAAGAUUCAAGAAACCAUGUAAUCAGUGUGAUACGAAUUCGAAACCUCAGAAGCGUCAGCGGUUUGAAGAACUAUCCAAAUUGAAUAGUAGUCAACACCUGCAAAAUGGAUCAAAACAUGAAGAAUUUCCAAAUGAGAAUGAUUUCAAUGAUAAAGUCAUCUCGAGCAGUAAUAACUGCAAUAUAUCUAACAGUCAAUGUAUCUUCCCUGACGAUGAGCUAACUAUACAUUCAUCACCAGAUCAUAACAAAGAGCAAAAGUGCACUGUAUCCUUAUCCCAGCCACAUCCACGCUUAUCAACAGAGUCAAAAAAUACUAGUGCAAUGACAGACAGCAGUGGAGCUACAGCCCUAGAAAUGUCAAGUUAA